UAAAGUAAACAAAAGUAAAGAAAUCUCCGAACGCCUUUAUUGUAUGGAUGACUGCACUAAUGCACGUCACAUGCGUUAUGCACUAUAAACAUAUGCAACCCAUACAACAUUGAAUUUCACCGGGACCGCGCACCGUGAGCGUGCAGUGAUGCAAGGUGGUUUCUAACAGUGACAGAAGUGUAUGGCUUCCCAAUAUUCCCUGGAUUGUAUAUCACUGGAAUUAUCACUUACUAUGUUUAUGAUAUUCAAGUUCGAGAUGUCUACAAAUUUGAAUCACUGAGGAAAUACAGGGUCCUUGGAAAUGGCGAUGUUUCGGACGGAAUCGGUGGAAGAGUUUUAUCAAAUUGGAGAAGAUAUUGGCAGUGGCCAGUUCUCUGAGGUGAAGAAAGUGACCGAGAAGAGCACGGGGAAGGACUACGCGGGGAAGUUCAUCCGGAAGCGGAGGUCGACUGCCAGCAGGAGAGGGGUCAAACGAGAGGAUAUCGUCCGGGAGGUCAGCAUCCUUGAGGAGCUGUCCCAUGAUAACAUCAUCUCGCUGCAUGAUGCCUUCGAGUUGCAGAAGGAGGUGGUGCUUAUCCUUGAGUUGGUAACGGGAGGAGAACUGUUCCACUAUCUGGCAGAGGAGGACCAUGUCAACGAAGAGGUGGCAGCUCAGUUUGUCAAGAAGAUUCUCGAGGCUCUGAAACAUAUGCACGACAGGAACAUUUGCCACCUAGAUCUUAAGCCUGAGAAUAUAAUGCUGCUGAACCGGAACACUCAGAACAUCAUGCUGAUAGACUUUGGGCUAUCCAGGAGGAUCAAACCAGGAGAAGACAUACGGGAUAUCAUGGGGACUGCAGAGUUUGUAGCGCCCGAGAUCAUCAACUUUGAGCCGUUGAGCCUGAACACGGAUAUGUGGGCCAUCGGAGUAAUCACAUACAUAUUACUGAGCGGACUGUCACCAUUCCUAGGGGAUGAUCAACAAGAGACGUACGAGAAUGUAACGGCCAUCAACUACUCCUUCGAGGAUGACGACUUCUUUUCUUCCACCAGCGAGCUUGCCAAAGACUUCAUCGAUCACCUGCUCCUCAAAGACCCAAGGAAACGUGCAACUGUUGACCAGUGCCUAUCACAUCCGUGGAUAAUGCCUCGAAGCAAGAAGCAGAAGGUGCAGAGACAGACCUCACAUCUCAAAUUGGAGAACCUGAGGAAGUUCAACGCUAAGAAGAGAUGGAAGCAAUCAAUGAAAGUGGUAUCGAUAUGCAAUAAACUCUCCAAGAAUGCCAGACUAAGAAGCGCUAGCACAACAGUGGAUGUCAACGGGGCUUCCUUGACACUAACACCUUGUGAUGAAGCACCGGUGUCGACUGAUGAUUAUGAUGGCACUAGUGGUCGACGUAUUGUAGAUAGUAUUGUAGAGGAAAGGGAAGAGGAGGUAGAGGAAGAGGGAGGGAGAGAUAGUAAAACCUCCAACGUAGAAAGUGUAGAAAAGAGUGUAAGAUCAGUAGAAAAUGCCUUGCAGUCUGAGAACACCCAAUUAACACCAUUGUGUACAGUUAGUAACACCGUAGUUGACCCUAACACCGUGAAUGUCAGUGUUGCAUCUCUUGUGUCUACUAACGAUAGCAAUAACAAUCAGAGCAAUAAAGAUGUAUCUAACUAUGCACGUAGCCGUAAGACAGGAGAUCAAACUGUGAAUGAUGUUAGUAGAAGCGAUGAUCAUACAAUAUCAAAUUCUCUAGAAGAAAAGAUCUUGGGAAAGAUGUCCGAUUCAUACGGGCAGUUACAACCAAAUACACAGACACCGAGUGAAGAGGAGAUAUUGCUGAUGGUGGUUGGGGUGAUGGUUGUGUUUGGGUGUUUCUUGAUAGUUCAUGCUUAGGUUUCUAUAAUGCAUGUUCGAGAGCCAGAAGGAUGUUUAUUACGUUCAUGACGGGUUGAAUACGAGGUGAUGCCCUUUUGGUGGCUCUGAGAUGACUAGGCCAAACUAGUGCAGUGGGGCGUUAAAAAAUGUUGUUUAAACAUUUGUGUUGAGUGUUGAGUUCUAGGUAAUGAAAAAGAAAGCAAAUUCUAAAAGUUACUGGAUAUUACACUGAUUGUCAAAUGUACGAGUUCAAUUUUGAAAAUAUCCUAUGAGGAAAUCAAUUUGAAAGGGUGCUGAGAUGCAGUGUACAUUUACGGUAGAUUGAUAGCAAUCAUGGAAUUCUUACGAAAUUACUACUAUUGUUGAUUCUAGAUGUGUUUCUAUUCCUGCAGUAUAUCCUGAUAUAGAUAUAUAUAUUCUAAAAAAGAUUAAUGAUUACUUCAAAUACAAGAAUAAGCUUGUCUAAGUGUUAAAUAUUACCUUUUAAAGAGUGGUGGAUAAUACGUAAUGAUAGCUGACUACCGGUAAUACUAAUGAAUGAAAAAAGUUUAGGAAAUUUGUGUUUCUCAGGUUAAGUGUAGACUGCUUUUUCUGGAUGUUCACACAUUUUAGAUUAAACCAUCAUCAAAUUUGACAUAAUUUGUUACAGUUAGCAUAUAAAAUCUCAUGUUAUAUGGAUUUACAGGAACAUGGAAAUGUCUUUCAUGGGGUUAAAAAUUGAUUUGAAUGCGACAGGAGGCAGACUCAACAGCAUCAAUGAUCAUAUGAAUGCAAAGUUGCAUAGUGCCCUCUGUUGUUCACUAGAAAUACUUU